AUGGCAUCUAACGAUCAAGCAUCUAACAACAACUCUGAGUUUAGACUCGACAACCUCUUCUCCACCAAAGGCAAGCUCGCGUUAGUGUCUGGCGGUGGCAGCGGCAUAGGACUAAUGAUUUCACAAGCGUUGGCCGUCAAUGGUGCGCACGUGUACAUCUUCUCGAGGUCAGAGAAAGUGAGACUGGUCGCGGAGACGUACAACAAGGGCGAUAUUAGUGGAAAGAUAACUGCCUUGCAAGGGGACGUCACGAGCAAGGAAAGCAUCAAGAGUCUCGUCGAGGAGUAUUCGAAGCACGAGGAUAGACUCGACAUUCUAGUGAACAAUAGUGGAAUCGCCGGUUCUAAGGUGAAUUUCAGUACAAACUCGGUCGAAGAAUUAAGCAACAACCUUUUCAACAGUGACACAUUCGAGAACUGGGAGGAAGUAAUGCGUACCAACGUUAGUUCUGCGUAUUUCGUGUCUGCUGCGUUUUUGCCACUGCUUAACAAGUCCAGUGAGACACAGAAAGGAUGGUCAGCUACCAUUCUAAACGUUACGUCUAUCUCUGGCUCCGUCAAGAUAACACAACAUCAUCCGGCUUACAACUGCAGCAAGGCGGCAGCAAACUACCUCACAAAAUCACUUGCAAACGAGCUCAAUCUUAAUGGCUUCAAGAUCAGAGUUAACGCUGUAGCGCCAGGGGUUUUUGGCUCUGAAAUGACUGCAGGUGGAUCGUCCGCCAAUCAGAAAUCGAAAAUCGAAAACGACAAGUACAAGAGCCUCCCAAGUGGCCGCGUUGGAGAUGAUAAAGAUAUGGCACAAGCAGCUCUCUUUUUGAUCCUCGACCAGUACGUCAACGCCCAAAGCAUAAUCGUCGAUGGAGGAUACCAAGUCAAUCAUGGCCAAUAA